AUGAACAUACCUGAGGAAUGUAUCUACGAGGCUUACGGAUUUUGGGUUGUUGGUGAAGAGAAGCAGAGUGGUCGCUGGGAAGCAAUUCGACUAGAGCUUGAGCUCGGAGGUGAUAUAAAGGAGUGGAAAAAGUUGUCUGUGGCGAUUAGAGAAGCCAACGAAAGGGUUAAAUGGAAAGAUAGACUUCCAUACGCUCACUGGAAAGGGAACUCCUACGUUUCUUUGGAAAGAAGAAACCUAUAUGAAAUGUAA